GUCACCAGUCGCUUGUUCCCUCUAGAGUGGAGUGUAUGCUAUAUCAGAGGUGUGUCAAUACGUAAACAAUCGUAUCUCUAUAGUCGUUAAUCUCAUCUCAUGUUUAACCUGAUACCGAGGUGUCUAACGCGUAAACGGGAUAAAGCAAUGUUUUUCUUUCUGUUAUCACUGAUAAGGCGGUAGCGAAAUUGAUAAGCCAGUGAACGCGAGUGCAAGUGUCAUUAAAACAAAAACAAAUCUAUCAGGACGCGGGAUUCAAUAACAACACCUUCACAGGACACGUGAUGAGGCUGGACAGUACGUUAUGGCUCGGUACCUUCCUACUAGCCUCUCUGGUCACGGCGCAGGACGUAAACGCCCCCCAGUUCACCCCCAGCACCCCGUACAACAGAUACGACGUGAACGGCAACCCUUCCAGCACGAGCAACCCCUACGACAUUAAUCCAUAUACGCAGGACUCCCAGAACAACCCUUACGGAACGAGACCGAACGACCCCUUCGGAACCAACGAUCCCUACGGAAGGGGGGACCCGUAUGGACAGGGAGGCACGAGAGAUCCCUACGGACAAGGGGAUGCUAAUAGGGAUAGGGCGGAGUACGACCCGUUCGGGGGUAGGAGUCAGUCCCCGAGUUGGAGGAAUGACCUGUAUGGUGGGGGGAGGACGCAACUGGAUGCCCAUUCGACGGUGAUACGAGAAGCUACUUACUUCGUUGUGGCCUCCAAAAUGGUGAGACCAGGCCAAUUGUACAGGGUAUCCGUGACUGUUCUAAAAGAAAAACAGCCGCUCACAGUCAGGGCCUCCAUCCAGAGAAACGAUGUGGAAAUGUCUGCGGAUCACAAAGACGUUAAGGAAGGAAUACCGGAAACUCUGCUGAUGAGGGUCCCGAGUACCAGUGCUCCUGGAGAGUACAAGCUGAGAGUGGAGGGAUUAUACGACGACGUAUUGGGAGGGGCCCAAUUCAUCAAUGAAACGAAAUUGAUAUUCUCGCAGAGAUCAAUGACGAUAUUUGUCCAGCUCGAUAAACCGGUGUAUAUGCAGGGUGAAACAGUUCGAUUCCGUACCAUACCGAUCAAUACCGAACUGAAAGCGUUCAGUGAUGCCGUUGACGUUUUUAUGUUGGACCCCAACGGGCAUAUUAUGAAACGGUGGCUGUCCAGACAAUCCAACCUAGGAACGGUCAGCUUAGACUAUAAACUUUCUGACCAACCCGUAUUCGGAGAAUGGAAAAUCAGGGUCAUCGCUCAGAGUCAAGUCGAAGAAUCAACGUUUUUGGUCGAGGAAUACUAUCAGACCAGGUUCGAGGUCAACGUAACUAUGCCGGCUUUUUUCCUGAACACGGAACCGUACAUUUACGGUACCGUAAUGGCGAAUUACACCAGUGGGGGGCCUGUUCACGGGAACCUCACUCUCAAAGCGACCGUCCGCCCUAUACGACCCAUAGAUCCCAAUAAGUACAUAAAGAAAACCAGGCGGCGACCCGACGAUCAGAAUCAGUUUUAUGAUCCGAACAGGCCUUACGAUGUGAACAAUCCGUAUGACGCUAACGUACCAUACGACAGGCCUUACGACGGUGUAAACAGACCGUAUGACGACUAUGACAGAAUUGGGAGCUACAAUAGACCAAUCGUGGAGAAAUAUUUCACUUUUAAUGAAGAGCUGCCGUUCUGGAUGAAGAUGCCUGAAAAUUAUUAUGACCCCAUUCCUCAUAUGAGGAUGUUCAAAGGAGUUUACCAGUUCAGGUAUCCCAUUCAAGAGCUCUUGCACUACGUACCAACUUUGGAGGGGAUGGAAGUUGUCAUAACAGCUACGGUUGGUGAUAGGUUCUUGGAUGAAGUCAUCGAGGGAUAUUCCACUGCGCGAAUUUUCAAUUCGUCUAUCAAUCUGAGAUUUUUAGGGGACUCACCUCAAGUUUUCAAACCCGGCAUGCCUGUUACUACAUAUAUCAUAGCUUCUUACCAGGACGGAUCGCCCUUAUCCAGGCAGAUCUUGCAAAGCGGCGUGCUGGAAGUCACAGCGACUGUGGAUAUGAGAGGUGGCGGUAGAAGAGAUAUACCUUCGCGAAUACUUUACCAAAUGGAAGACAACCAGGGCGUAUGGGAGUACAAGGUGGAUGUGAAAAGGGAUUUGGGAAUAACCGGGCCGAAAGCUUAUGAAGAGCUCAGUCAGUUGAGUUCUUUGAGGAUCCACGCUACUUUCAGAGAUGCCUAUAGCGGCCAGCUCACGAAUGCAGAGUUGCUAAUGUUGGCUCACUAUAGUUUCAACGAUCAACACAUUAAAGUUAUCACCAGCACAAUAACCCCCAAGGUUGGAGAAUACAUGAUAUUUCAUAUUAGAAGCAACUACUACGUCGAGAAGUUCAAUUAUCUGAUCAUAUCGAAAGGAAUCGUUCUGUUAACCGGCGACCAAGAUAUGGGUGACUACGUUAGCACCAUGGCCAUUGCUCUGAGCGCAGAAAUGGCUCCCGUGGCCACGAUAGUCAUUUGGAACGUGGGGCGCUACGGAGACUUGCAGGUCGACAGUUUGACGUUCCCAGUGAACGGAAUCAGCAGAAAUAAGUUCAAAGUCUUCAUCAACAACAAGAAGGCCCGCACGGGCCACAAGGUCGAGGUGGCGAUUUACGGAGAACCCGGUUCUUACGUCGGUCUUUCAGGCAUCGACCGCUCCUUCUACACCAUGCAGGCCGGCAACGAACUCACCUACGCAAAAGUCAUCUCGAAAAUGUCGACUUUCGACGAGCAGACGAACAGCACCCUGCAGCAUACCUGGUUCUCGCACGAAGGCAACCCCGACGAGCUAAUUUACUUCCCUUCGAGCACGUACGGCAUCGACGCCAACAGGACCUUCGAGUACGCGGGCUUGGUGGUGUUCAGCGACUUUGAGUUGCCGAGGAGGCCUAGUUUCUGUAACGCUUCGAUGGGGUACGGCGAGUGCCUCAACGGGCAGUGUUACCGCUUGGCGAAGAAGUGCGAUUUUUACAGGGACUGCGAAGACGGGACGGAUGAAGCUGGCUGCCACUACGACAACGGAACGCAACUACAGCUGUUCAGGAAGUUCAGAUUCAACAGAAUACAGCGGCAGUACGAGAACGUAUGGGUCUGGAAGGACGUCAACAUCGGCCCCCACGGCAGAUACAUCUUCAACAUUCCUGUACCUCCCAGGCCGGCUCACUGGAUGAUCUCGGCUUUUUCGAUGAGCCCUUCUCUAGGUUUCGGAAUGCUUACUAAAGCUAUUGAGUACGUCGGUGUGCUUCCGUUCUUUAUCAACGUUGAAAUGCCCAGCGUGUGCAUGCAGGGAGAACAAGUGGGAGUGCGAGUCACGGUCUUCAACUACAUGACGGAUAAUAUGGAAGCGACGGUUGUUUUGAACGGAUCGCCUGAUUACAAGUUUGUUCACGUUGAGGAGAAUGGUAUUGUGAGGGCCUACAAUCCCCGUACCUCUUUCGGAGAACAUCAGUUCUUCAUAUUCAUAUUGUUACCUGCUUCCUUUCUCUCCCACCCUUUCAUUCCUGGAAUGUAUUUCAGGAAUCAAUCGACGUCCUCCGUUUGGUUGACUGCCUACUGCGCCAGGGUGUUCCAGGAGGCCAGUUUUUACGAGUGGGAAAACUACAUCUACAUCGAUCCUGUCGUCAUCGCCAAGGCGGUCGAGUGGGUUUUGAAGCACCAGAACGAAUACGGGGCUUUCUGGGAGGAGAGUUGGCUGCCGGACAGGAAGUACAACUCUAGUCUCAACAUUGAAAACGAUCCGAUCAGGCACAGAAAUAUCACGUUGACUGCUCACGUCCUUAUCAUGCUGGAUUCCGUGAAAGACCUGACAAGCGGGCUCAGCUCCAAAGUGGCCAUCGCGGCGAAGCGCGCCAUCCACUGGCUCGAGCGCAACAUGGAACUCCUGAAGGAAAAGGGGAGCCCCUUCGAAGUGGCCAUCGUCGCGUACGCCCUGAUGAAGGCCAAAGCGCCGAACGCGGAAACGGCCUUCCUCGAACUAUCCCGAAGACAACGAUUCGAAGGCGGUCUGCUCUACUGGGGCAGGGACAGCAUUCCGCAACCUCCGUAUAAAAUAGAAAAUCAAAAGCCGUUCCUACUGCCCAGACUGCCCUACGAGUACGAUUCGGAGAACAUCGAAGCUACAGCCUACGCACUACUAGUGUACGUCGCCAGGCAGGAGAUCUACGUCGACAACAUCGUCCGCUGGCUCAAUACACAGCGUCUCACGGAUGGAGGAUGGGCCUCCACCUCAGACACCGCCAACGCGAUGAAGGCGCUCAUAGAGUACACUUCAGCGCAGCGUAUCCGAGACAUAUCCAGUCUUUCUGUGACUGUGGAGGCCACGGCGCUACCAGGCAAGACGCAGGUGAUGUACGUCAAUGACAGGAACAGGGCGCAUCUGCAGUAUGUUGACAUUCCGAACGCGUGGGGCACAGUCAAGGUGCAAGGAAAAGGAACCGGGUACGCCAUCCUCCAGAUGUCGGUGCAGUACAACGUGGACGUCGAGCGGUUCCAGACGAAGCCGCCAGUUCCCGCUUUCGACCUGUGGACGAAGCAGUACUUUUACGGAAGGAAUCAGUCUCACAUCACUUAUGUCAGCUGUCAGAAGUGGACCCACUUGAACGAAUCUGAAAGAUCGGGCAUGGCAAUUCUUGACGUUACUAUACCCACCGGUUAUAUUAUACAGCAACAAGACUUGGACGCAUACAUAUUAUCGAGAAGAGUGAGAAACUUGCAGAGAGCCAAGUUUUUAGAAAGAAAAGUACUCUUUUAUUUUGAUUAUUUGGAUAGUGAGCAAACCUGCAUCAAUUUCACUGUGGAACGGUGGUAUCCUGUAGCCAAUAUGUCCCGUUAUUUGCCCAUUAGAGUUUAUGAUUAUUAUGCACCAGGAGAAAGCACGACCGCCGAAUAUAUAAAUUACAAUUAUAGCGAUAGUAUUUUAGAGUACAAAGUAGGGAAAUUGAGUGCCUAUGAAAAAACUGUUUCGAUGCAGACUCAAACAUGGAAAAGAUGA